UUGCUUGAUAAUGGAAGUGAAGUUGACACUAUUGAUCCCUCCCUGGCCCGCGCCCUUAAGCUAUCCACGUUCAAACUAAACAAGCCGGUUCCGCUGCACCUCGCGGACCAUUCCCACUACCAUGAUAUCGCCGAAGCGGCCCUGAUAGACCUCCGCAUCGGUGACCACCUGGAACAACGCCUUGUAUACCUAACGCCCCUGCCAUAUUAUCAACUAGUCCUCGGAGACAACUGGCUCCGCGACCACAAUCCCGUGGUUGACUGG